AGUAGUUGUGACUUGAACCAAAUGCCACUGUACAAAGGAGAAACCUUUGCUAAGUUCUCUCUACUUCAUUUCGGUCCCAACCCAGCCAGAAUGUUAUCCUCCGCCCACGCACCUCGGCUGGUCCGCUUCCCUAGCCACUGUCUCCUCCGACCUAUCAAUAGCCUCCACACCGCCCAAUCCUCACCCCUUCCCACCACCACCGCCCCAUCCUCCCAAAUCCUGACUAUCCGUAAAUCCCUCUUGACAAAGCAGACCACUGCCGUCGACCUUGCCAAGUCCUUCCUCGACCGCAUCCGCCGCACCGAGCCCCAGUUGAACAGCUUCCUUUAUGUCUCUCCUGAUGAUGUCGUCUUGAAACAGGCCGAGGAAUUGGAUAAUAAGAUUAAGAACAAUGAACAGCUGGGUCCACUUGCUGGGGUUUUGGUUGGAAUUAAGGAUAAUAUCUGUACUUCCGAUAUGCCCUCGACUGCAGGGUCGAGGAUAUUGAAAAAUUAUCGUCCGCCAUUUGAUGCCACGGCAGUGAGGAAGUUGAAACAGUCUGGGGCAAUUGUUGUUGGAAAGACGAAUUUGGAUGAGUUUGGUAUGGGGAGUACUACAGAAGGCUCUGCUUAUCAAGUGACAGCAAAUCCUUGGGAUUUGUCACGGGUCCCAGGAGGAUCAUCUGGGGGCUCGGCUGCUGCUGUUUCUGCUAGACAAUGUGUGGUAUCAUUGGGAAGUGAUACUGGUGGAAGUGUUAGACAACCAGCAGCCUUUUGUGGUGUUGUCGGAUUGAAGCCAACGUAUGGGCGUGUUUCUAGAUAUGGGCUUGUGUUUAUUUUUAUUUCUUUUUGUAGAUAUGGAAACCAGGUAUUGGAAGACGAACUUAAUUCACUUUAUGGCCAUUCCCGUGCCCAAGGUUUUGGCUCUGAGGUGAAAAUGAGAAUUCUAAUGGGUACAUAUGCUCUUUCUGCUGGUUAUUAUGAUGCGUAUUACAAGCGUGCACAGCAGGUGCGGACCAUAAUUCGAGAUAGCUUCAAGGCAGCCUUGGAGAGAAAUGAUAUUCUGAUAUCACCUGCAUCUCCAUCUGUUGCUUAUAAGAUUGGUGAGAAGAAAGAUGAUCCAUUAGCCAUGUAUGCUGGAGAUAAAAUGACUGUCAAUGUGAACUUGGCCGGGCUGCCUGCUCUGGUUUUACCAUGUGGUUUUGUUGAAGGGGGAUCCACUGUCCUGCCUGUUGGUUUUCAAAUGAUUGGAGCAGCAUUUGAUGAGGAGAAGUUGCUUAAAGUAGGCCAUAUCUUCGAACACACACUUCAGGUUUCCUCUGCCGUCCCUCCAUUGGUAGCAGACGAAUUGACACGCUAAUUAUCAUCCAGUAUUGCAUGUCAAGGAGAACAGAAGCAACUCAUUAGACUAUGGUUUUUAAUCAACUCUAAUUUAUAACUUAUUUGGACAUCUUGUUUGGGCUACUGUAUUUAUGUUCUUAAUUUCUUGCCCGGCGUUUUUGUGCAAUAAACCCCUCUGGCCGAAGACUAGUGGUAGGUGGUCCUCUCCAACCAGUCGAGUUUCUCCAUUCCUUCUCCCCCUUAAGUGCUGAUCUUCCUGAGCGAGAGAAUUUUGGAUGUGUCGACCAGGCGAAUGAUUCAUAGCACCUCUUCCAUGCUUCAUAAUGACGUCAUACUACGACGUAUAGGGGAUUCAGUUGUUUCUCAACUCCGUUAUCCCGGAUGCGCCUGAAGAACAACUCUUGGUUGCACACUUUUCGAGCAUUUCAUUGUUUUAGUAGCUUAUUUGCUAGCAAAAUUUACUCUUGUGAUACAAUGUACAAUGAGUAAGGUUUUUAUAUAAUCACUGGAGGGUUUUAUCCUUUCA